AUGGCAGCCACCAUGAAACAAAUAGUGGCAAAAUCAAUCAAAUUAGCUGAAGAAGUUAUAGUAUCUACAAAGGGUGUAAGGGUCUUCAAGGAUGAGUGCUAUGAGAUCAAGUCCAACACUCGUAAGCUCGCAGCAAUUCUUCACGAAAUGGUGGCUCAAGCAUCCUGUAAAUUCUAUGAUCGUCCAGCGCGUAUAAUCAUUGACGAGACUGAACAAAGUAGUGCAGGCCAAUUGCAGUUUUCUGUAACAGAUGUUUCUUGGCUCCAUCGCUUAUUAUUUUCCAGCGACGAUCAUCUAGGUAUACAAUUAUCUCUCCCUCCAAUUGCCUCUAAUAACCCACUCCUUGCUUGGAUAUGGGCAGAUAUUGGUGCACUAUAUAAUGGUUCAAUAGAUGGUAAGCAUGAGGCUGCAAAUAAGCUCCUUUCGCUUUCACAAGAUUGCGAUUUGAAUAAAAAGUCGAUCAUACAGGAAGCAGGGCUUGUUCCAUUGUUGAAGUUGCUGAAAGAAGGUAGGAUAGAAGCACAAGUCAUAGCUGCAAAAGUAAUUGGGACUCUAGGCUUUGACUCAGAAAGCGUUCAACGCAUUAUCGAUGCUGGUGCCUGUUUGGUGUUUGUGAAAAUCCUCAAAGAAGGUUCUAUGAAAGUUCAAACUGAGGUGUCCUGGACUAUAUCAAAUCUUGCGGCUAAAUACCCGACAUGCCAAGGUAUUUUUGGCCAGAGUAAUGCCAAGGUAUUUUUGGCCAGAGUAAUGUAG